UCCUUCCAUGAAGAGCUCUUAGACAAAUACCCCGACGCAGACCUCUUCCACCACAUCACAUCCUCACCAAAAUGCGCCUCUUCGAAUCAGGUAUUCUACCUCUCCCCAAACCUCAUAGCAAAAUACCACGACCCAUCCGAAAUCGCCGACGUCCAAAAGGCCAUAGAAGUAGCCACCCACCGCGGCAUCCCCAGCCCCUCAAUCCUCAAAACCAUCAAGGUCCAAGGAUGCGCAUACACCAUUAUGAAUCGCAUUGAGGGAGAUACGCUAGACAUACUCUGGAAAGACCUACCCUGGUUCAUGACCAUCAAACUAGGCCUGCAGCUUCGGCGGUGCGUAAAAGCGCUUCGAUCCGUUACUUCACCCACGGCAGGAUCGCUCGCGACAGGCGAAAUCAGAUCCUUCUACCUCGAAGACCGUUUCGGUCUCCCCGCGCACUCCAGACCCACCGAAAUAGCCCACUUCACCCGCUUCUGGGGAAACUUCACAGGCAUGAGGCGUGCGCUGCAAGUCUCAAAGCAGCAGCCCCAAAUACCGUACUCACCGGAU